AGAAGCUCAGACAAAACGACAAGAACUAUACCGGCGAUUGGUAGAACACAGUAACUGCAAAGACGAAAAAGAACUUUCUGAAUUAUUCACUCGCUAUUUUAACACCCGUGUUAACCACCACACAAAGGAAAAACAACUCUAUCAAGCCACUCGAGUACGUCUUCAGGUAGAGUUGGAAAUAAGAUCGAAGCUCACCUCUGACGACACUAAAAUUAUAACAAAAAAACUUGACAACCAAAUCUUCAGUUGGUGUCAAGAGAAAUUUGAAUUAACUAACGGAUUAACCGACGAAGAACUGGAAGAAACAGAAGACAACGAAGAUUACCAACCCAAUAACGCCUUUAUCGAAUCGGAAAAGUCUCCAGAAUUCCAAGAAGAAACGGAAAACGUCCUACCGGAUUCAUCCGACGACCAAGAAUCGGGAAGCAUAAUAGUAUCCGAUUGUAAUACGAAAGGACCCUUUCAAUUAUUUAUUAGUCCUCCAAGCAUUACUGAAAGUCAAGCCGCUGAACUAUCCGCCGAAGAACGAGACUAUCAGGAAAGAAAAGAGAAAAUUAAAGAAGGACUGAAUAGGGAAUUCAAGGAACGGAGUACAUUAGUCGCACAAUUGACAACCAUUCCCGAACCCCCAUUGAGUCCAAAACGAUCCAGGAAGAUUAAGAUGUCCACUACACUAGAAAAAAUUCAAGAUACCGAAAAUUCCGAAGAGAAAAAUAAAGCCACAGCCACACCAUCUCCCUGGCAGAAUAAUCGGCCACCUCGAUAUCCAAACCCAGAUGGACCUUUUGUUCGUACUUAUCCGCCUAGAACAAAUUUUACAACAUAUGUACCAGCCAGACCAUAUGUAUCACGACAAGCUCCUCACUACAACGGAAAUAUAAAUGAAAGGAAUAUUAGACAGGAAAACAGACGACCCGAACAAAACAAAAGAACACAACGAACUUACCUAGCUGAACAGCAAUUAGCUAACAGCUCAGAAGAAGAGUCAGAAGAGACUGAAACGGAUGGAUCCGAAAACAAACAUUCCAACGGCUCCAAGAAGCAGGUCUUAAAUUAA